CCAACGGUUUUAAGUCAGAAUAUACGCAGUGGAAGUCUGAUUAAACCAUGGCACCGAAGACUAGUGGCAAAGCGGCCAAAAAAGCUGGAAAGGCCCAGAAAAACAUCUCGAAGGGCGAUAAGAAAAAAAAGAAGAAAAGGAAGGAGAGCUAUGCCAUUUACAUCUAUAAAGUGCUGAAGCAAGUCCACCCUGACACUGGAAUUUCCAGCAAGGCAAUGAGCAUCAUGAACAGCUUUGUUAAUGACAUCUUCGAGCGUAUUGCUGCAGAGGCAUCUCGACUCGCUCAUUAUAACAAGCGGUCCACCAUCACUUCUCGGGAAAUUCAGACAGCUGUUCGGCUUUUGCUACCGGGUGAAUUGGCGAAGCACGCUGUGAGUGAGGGUACCAAAGCCGUCACCAAAUACACUAGUUCCAAGUGAGCUCGUCAGCGACAUAAUACAAAUAACGGCCCUUUUCAGGGCCACCACAAAAAUCUUUGCAAAAUGUUCGACAAUCGAAACAUACCUCGUAAAUAAGCUAGUGAAUCCAUUUGUUAUAAGUUUUAUUGGGCGUAUUGAAUUAUGCUUAGGUUAUAAAUAUUAAAUAGGUACUACAAACGACCCAUCCUUUUCACAUGCGUCAUUCUAUAACGUCAAUAAAGUUGAUCCUUCGGGAUAGCAUUCGUAGCUUCAAUACAGUUUAUAAUACUAGCAGUGCGACGAACUCCAUAAUCAAGAAAAUCUAAAGUACUCGAAAAAUACGCUCUUUCUAUGUCGAACUCUGAUGUUGUCCUUUAUGAUUAUGAAAGAAAUAAUACUGCAACCAUGCGACAAAAGAAUGAUGAAAUAUUAUUUGAAGUAAA